AUGGAGGAGCCCUGGGGUAGCGAUGACUUGCCCAGGCCACGGCUUGACCAGCCAGGAAGGCCUCGGAUUGAGCCACUUGGUAUCGAAGAAGGCAUGAAACGAUUUCAUCCAGACAUUGCCCGUCCUCCGGUGGCCGCGUGGAGAUGCAAUUUGACUGCUCUGUCCCAGCGCCGAAACCUGUUAUUUGUGGCUCAUGGAUAUGAUAUCUAUGUCUGGAAACCAAAGGGACCGUUUCAGUUGCUGGGCUCUCAGCCUGAGAUGAUCAUCCAUCCGACGAUGAGGGAUCCCGAUAGACGUGGCUACAUUGAUCCUUUGAGACCUCACGGUAUCAACAAUAUCCACGUCGGAGAUUUAGGCCGGGAUGAGGUCUUGGUGCUAGCCACUGACUCGGGCAAUGUCUGCGCAUACCACGUCGAGGCCAUCUUCUCAGCGGUGACCCAAUCCGCAGAGAAUGGACAAAAACGGCCAUUUGAUGGAGCUGAAGUAACACCCUUUCUUGCUGAGAAUGUUGGGAGGAGUGCUUGGGGACUUGCCACCCAUAAAUUUGCCCGCCUGAUCGCCGUCGGCUCCAACGCGGGGGAGAUCACCGUUUUUGCCUUUGCCCUAGUGGAUCCUCAAUCCGAGGACACCAACGACGAUGACUUCUUCAAAAAACUGAAGUCUGAUGAUUCAGGGCAGGGCUGGGUGUUGAUAGAGUCUCGGACCACAAUGCGGGAGCUAAAGAAGCUCAUGCCCUACCGCCACCGGUCUCGCAACCUGCGUCUUGUCUACCAUGGCCAUUUUACAAACAUUCCCAGUGUAUCCUUCGCUGACUUUGAUCUGGAUGCCAACGGUCUGUGGAUGGUUAGCACCGACAUCGAAAACAAAGUGUUCAUGUGGAGAGUCUGGGAUGACCUAUGGCCGGUUCACCAGUUUUAUCCCGCUCAUCCAGAAGUCGAAGGCCCAGAGACAAGCUGGUUCGUCCUUCCUCUGGACCCACGCACUUUCCAACGACAUCAAGAGGUAAUAGAUGCUUGCGCCUGUCUGCCAACUCCCUGGACCUACGAAACAGUUUCCCCCCAUUUGAUAUGGGAUAUCUCAAUGGGUAUCGGGAGCGUCCCGGAUACGUCUCAAACCCUUAAUCUGACUUCCCGCCCUCGACCCACACCCGGAGUUGCGCCCGUUGAUCUUCUUCCCGAUGAUCUCCUAUCAUCCGACUGCUUCAUUGACUCUGGAGUCAGACCAGGCUCUGCCUCUAGUUCACAGAAUGAACACUCGCCUUCGCGACCUCUUGAUCAGGUGUCGGUAAAUGAAGACAUCGAGCAUAGUCGCGUUGAGGUCGACCUACCUAGCUCUGAGAUCAGGGCUGAGCCAGAGAAUGAUGAAUCCAGCUCUAUUCGAGUGGAAUUUGUGAAUCAGCCUAUCUCCAGCCUGUUUGAAGAAGACAAUGAGCACUUGACAGUGCCCUCAUGGAUGAGUCCAAGUCUGUUUUCGGAGGCGGUUCAUAAUGAGACCGAAUUCGAGGAACCAGUACCUACUUUGGAGUACAUAAGUUUGCCUCAGCAUGCGCUCCGGCCCAGUUGCUUUCCUAUCAUGCACUUCUCUCAACAUCACAUCACUCUCACGCCUUACCCAAUUGACUGCAAUUACCACAUCCUUCACAAGUUUACUCUCAGCCAAUUCCCCGCCUUCUCUUUCCCCGUCAACUCUGAAUGUGACCGUAUCAACAUGGUCAAGUACAUUCCCGAGCUCGGACUUGUCAUUGCCGCCUCCCAGCGAGGUCGCGUUGGCAUAAUAACCCUCACUUGGCAGGAGAGGAUUGGGUAUGCGUUCCGGGUGGACUGGCUCGUGCCAUUCAAAACUCAGGAAUCCAAAGGGCAGCGUCCUAUGGUCCCUCUCAUUGGUAUGGCAGCCAGCCCUAUGCCUGGCUUUGAGAUCCCGCCCGACGUCCCCUCCAUCCCUUACGGGGUCGACCCGAAUGACUGGCUGAAAUUCAAAUACUGCAUCCUGAACCCGGAUGAGCACGAGCACGAAGACUCAAACUCCUCGUCCCCGUCCCCGCCCCCGUCUACGCCCCCUCCACACUUAUCUUCUGCCAACCCUACCGCUUCUUCCGCUCCCGCCGCCUCUUCUGAAGGUGAGGAGAAGAAGAGCGAGCAUCCUUCUGAAAAUGGUCCCAAAUUCACCAUCCCUGAAACACAUGCCGAGGCAUCGCGUAUCUACCGGCCUCAUGAGCCCUGGCAUGGCUGGCACCCGUCCCGCCACUAUCGGCUCUUACUUCACUACUGCGACUGUACUGUGAUGAGUUACGAGUUCUGGCACGAGUGGAGGAGUUGA